CCACAAGCACGCUAACGCAAGGACUACUAUCCCAAGGAUAAGGUGUGUGCGAAGAGAAGCAAAGCUAACGCUCGUAAUUACAACCGCAUUUUAAUCAUGAGUGUCGAAAUGGAAACGUGCCCGGCGUCUGCGCCUUUCUUUGGGUUUAUGGGAGUGACUUCCGCCCUGGUGUUUGCCAAUAUUGGCGCCGCGUACGGAACAGCCAAGUCCGGAGUCGGUAUUUCCUCCAUGGGUGUGAUGAACCCGGGUCUGGUCAUGCGUAACAUCAUUCCCGUAGUUAUGGCGGGAGUUCUGGGAAUCUACGGGCUCAUUGUGGCCGUGAUUAUUCAGGGUUCCAUUGUAUCUCCGCAAAACGGACUUUCUCAGUACUCGCUAUACACCGGCUUUGCACAUUUGGCGGCUGGUCUAUGCUGCGGUCUUUCCGGUCUGGCGGCUGGUAUGGCCAUUGGUAUUGUAGGAGACGCCGGUGUCCGUGCGGUGGGUCAGCAAGAAAAGCUCUUUGUCGGUAUGAUUCUUAUCCUAAUUUUCGCCGAAGCCCUCGGUCUUUACGGUUUAAUUGUGGCCUUGAUCUUGUCGCAGAACUCGUUCGUGUGCGAGGGCAACAACUAGACGGACGUUUGUUGGAGAUUCCGCUUUUACCUGAUUUCCAGUUCCUGUAAUUUUGUCGUUCCUUAUGUUUCCACACAAACGACUGCAAGCAAAAUCAACUAAUUUGUUUAUCACAUUUCAAUAGCCAGUUUGAAUGUUUUUCUUACGAUACUGUAGGCAGUGGAAGCGGA